AUGUGUUGUAGAAGAGUGAGUGCACCGAAGGCUGUCGCAUGUGCCAUCGAUGUCCACAGUGCAACUGCACAGACGACGGCGCUGGUGCCUGCUGUGACGGGCUGGCUGGGCUCGUGCGCCGAGCUGAAUGGCGGACUGUUUGGUCGCGUGGACGGCUUGGUGGGUGCUGUAGAAUGCCAGAAAAGCAGUGGAACCUUGCACUUGCACUUUUGGUGCUACGUACAACGUUUGCAUCAAGUUUGCACCAUGCAAGAAUUGGCCGAGAAGCUACGCGAUAAACUUGUCACGGCCGCCGAGUUCAAGCAUUUUUCGGAGGUCGUUUGUUGCGAAACGUAUCCCAAGUCUCUGACGGAAGCGGAGCUGGAGGAGCUGGAGUCCAGCUGGCCAUGCUUUCGCGAGACGGAGGAACCGGAACCUCGGUGCUGGGGAGAGUCCCGUCCAGGCAGAUUGCCUCCGGUCGUUUGGCGAGACGCUGACGCAGAUGGUUCUGACCGGGGUCGGUGGUGUGCCGAAGACUACGUCGCCGAUGCAAAAGGUUUCGAGGCAUCCUUGAACCAGGCUGUGCAACUGGCACAGAAGCAACAUCAACAUCAUAUUCAUCCAAAGGACCCGCGUAAUGGCACACGUCGAGUGCCGAAUGCUUGCCAGGCGAGUCGCAAAACACAGCAAGAAGCAGUUUGCAAGGGCGGGUUCCCAAAGGUGCAGCUGAUGAACGGCGGCGAAAGCUUGUUGCUCUGCAAAGGACUGGCUAUGGCACGGCAGCUGCCACUGGUGGGUCGGUACAGCGUCCUGUGCCGCAUCUUGAACAGGCGCAACUCGGAAUGGCUGAACGGCACGCAUAUAGGACUUUUGCUGGGCGUCGGAGGCAGCAACAGCGACGUGAAGUUGAACGAUUUGCUGCCGGUCAUCAAAGAAACCCAUGAAAGCACAUGCUCUUGCCGUUCUUGCUGCGGCACAAGUGAUUUGCGGUUGGCGGCCAGAGAAAGUGCACGGUUGCAAGCUGUGGUGUCCGGGUAUUUCGGCGGUUACUUGCAGAAGACACAGAAGCUAGGCAAGCGUGACAUGCAGGCGUGUGUACAGAAAAUGAACGACUUGCACGAAGCUAAUGCUGCACGGAGCUUGGCGAAGGGUGCAAGGCUGGUGACCGGUCGCAUGAUUACGGAUCUGGAAAUGGCUGGCACCCUCCGAGGAGCAGUCGAGUCGGUGCAUCUGGCGAUCUGUGCCAACCCGGAGGAUCCGUUGGCAGCGGAAUGUGUGCGAACAUUCCAGACCACGGUCGUGGAUGUGCGCAGCUGGAUGCAGCGGCUGGACGGAAUCAUGGCUGGGCGCGAAGUACGCGUGCGGACGCACCUCCCGCAGACGGGCCGCAGCCGCAGCGUUAAUCCACCUUGGAUGGACUUGUAUGGCUGGCGUCCGAUGCAGUGGGGGCUCGCCGGGUUGACGGCGUACGAGUUUCUGCAACUAUGGACAUGCACAAGAUUGACAGCCCCACGGAGUACUUCUGGCAGCGGAAAGACGAUAUGGACUGAAGCAGGCUCUGUCAGCUAG